UACGGUAUAGAAUGUGCAGAGCUGUUCAAUAUCAUCAUGGAAUGAUACAUCUAUAGAUUUUGGAAUUUUAUUAUGAAAUGAAAACAAACGAGUUCUGAGGAUGUCUAAAAGUCUGCUAGAUCCAGCGACGAACGAGUCUGUGUUUACCUUCUUAUCAGAAUUCAAUAGACCGUGGCAAGGUCAGACUGUCAUAGAAGUAAUUAUUUUGUCGUUGAUAUUUGUGGCGGGAAUGACUGGUAACAUAAUGGUCCUUGCAGCUAUUAUUAGAAACAAGAAGCUGCAGACAGUAACAAAUUUUUUGAUUUGUAACCUAGCAACCACCGACAUAUUGUUUGCAAGUGGCAUUCCAUUUAUCGCUGUAACCCGGGUAACACAACAUUGGAUUCUUGGCGAGUUCGUUUGCAAAUUCGUGACAUAUAUGCAGUUUGUGUCGGGAGUGUGUUCUAUUGUAACAAUGGUUAUGAUCAGUGUAGAACGUUUUAUAUGUAUUUGCCUAGUAAAUAAAUAUAAAAUACAAAAACGAGACGUGGUCUUCAUCAUCGCCGGGAUAUGGUGCCUGUCUGCUGCGUUUCCGGUUCCUGUUGCCCUAUCACAGACUGUGCGGACAAUUCUUAUAGUAGACAAGUCUUUUAAGUUUUGUGGCGUUCAGUGGUCAGAUGACUUUCACGCCGAGGUAUAUUUAGGUUUCAUGGUGUCGUUUUUCUUUUUUAUCCCAUUAAUUGUUAUCUCAGGAUUCUAUUUAAGGAUUUGGAACGUGGUGAAAUCUUCAGAUUCUCGAACACAAGGCGUCAACGGAAGAUCUAAAAAUUCAAUAAGAAAACAAGUUCGGCUUGUUAAAAUGUUUUGUUCAAUAGUAAUAUUGUUCGUGUUGAUGUGGUUGCCAUUUUUCAUCGUAAGUUUUCUUGGUGUACAUUACAAACAGAUAACAUCAACACAUUUUACAAUCACGCUAAUUCUCGCGCUAGCGAACACGUGCCAGAACCCAGUUAUAUACGGGUACUUUAACCAUCGUUUACGAGAGGAGUUCCGAAUCAUGUGUUGUAACAGAUUCAAAGGACUGGGCGUUGGCACACAGUCUGCUUAUGUUGUUCAAGGGACAGAACUAGGCAGUGUUUGCAAUAACUCUUCUACGGUAUAG